GCCCUGUCUCGAUCUCUCAGCGGCCGCUCAGGCAGCACAACCCCCGGAGGGAUGGAGGCAGCCGGCCCGUACGGCGCCAGGAAGGCGGGCAGCGUCCGCUUCGAUCCGGUCGCCUUCUUCACGCAUCCCCGCACCAUCCUCCGGCUGCUGUCAUGGGUUUUCUCCAUCGUGCUGUUCAGCUGCAUCGUGAACGAGGGCUACAUCAACAUCGGCAGUGAGCGUUUGCUCUGCGUCUUCAACAACAACGCCAACGCCUGUAACUAUGUUGUUACCGUGGGCGUGGCCUGUUUCCUUGGCAGCAUCUGUUUCCUGAUUUUGGACGUUUACUUUCCCUCCAUGAGCAACAUCAAGGACCGAAAGCGUGCUGUGCUGUUGGACCUGAUCUUUUCUGGCGUGGCCAGCUUCCUGUGGUUUGUUGGCUUCUGUUUUCUGGCCAAUCAGUGGCAGGCAACGUCUCCAGAUGAGCUCCCGUUGGCCCAGGGUGCGGAUGCUGCCAGAGCCAGCAUCGCUUUCAGCUUCUUUUCUAUCAUCACCUGGGCUGUUCUGACUCUGAGCGCCCUUCGACGCUACUUAACUGGCAGCAACACAAACUUAUUUACUUGGCAACACCUGGAGCCAGCCCCAUGCAAUGCUCGAGCUACUCCGUACCCCAUCCCUAAUGGUGCUACCAUAGUAACCACCAGUCCCUAUCAAGCCCCGCCUUUCACCGAAACCCUGGACCCCCAGAAGCUCACGCAGCAAAGACCCAUGGCUCCUGCGUUUUAGAAAAGAAGAGAAAAAGGAGAUGUGGUCUGAAGGAUGCCGUAUGUGGCACAGGAGUAGACAACACUCUGCGUUGUGGUUUAUUAGGUUUCCAUCCUCUCCAGGGGGGGCAGGGCAGCGGGAUGCGGGGUCAUGUGAUGUUAGAGCUCUUUUCACCAUGGUAACUGCUGGCUACGGUUAGUUAGUUGUAACUCCAUGUCAAGAUUACUGCCUUCACACACUCAAAUAUUGAUGCACGCAGCUGUAAUCACUAACACCUGGAAGCAGUUACACAUGCACACCUGGAAACACGUAUAGAUUCUCCUGGAGGUGCACACACACACACACACACUUUGACUGCAUGAUUGUGUGGUGAAGUGUAGAUCAGCACAUAUAUCAGUGAUGAUGCUCCAUCUUGCCCCAUGAAGGCGACACAGAAGAAGGGACGUGGAAGAUGGUGGAGCUGAAUAAUCUCCUUUAUACGUAUUCAUCCUAAUCAAUCUGACCAGUUUGCCUUAGAAACACGAGGCCACGUUUCGGCUGAUGUAGUCAGCUUGACCAACAAAUUGUGAACUUGCAGAAGUCAGGAACACAAAGGCAGGACUGCUUCAAGCAUUGUAAAAUAUUCAUGUGAUUAAAUAUUUUAUUGUGAUAUGCUGAAUUAGUAAAAAAAAAAAAAA